AUGAGUGACCCAACAGAGCGGCACGGCACUACACCACCUUUGCAAGGCCAGGCAGUUGCCUACCAAACAGCCGGCAUCAACGCACCCGAAGAAAGCACCCACUCUGGUUUGAAUGACGUCGGCAUUGUCUUGGUGCCUCGCCCAUCCGAUGAUCCUCGAGACCCCCUGAACUGGUCUUUCAAGAGGAAGGCAACCAUUGGGUUGACGCUAUGGUUUUCCCUGUUCACUGGAUUCAGCGCACCUUUCAACGGUCAAGUGCAGAUUGUGCAGCAGGCAGCUCUAUAUCAUAAGACAACUGUCGAGAUCACUUACUUCAACUCGGCAGCAUCUGGUGGCCUUGCAGCCGGGGCCUGGGUAUGGUGGGCUCUGUCCAAAAAGAUCGGGCGAGGCGCCGUUGCCUUCUGGACGAUGGCAGGAAUCCUCGGCACACAGAUUUGGGCUUGUUAUAUGCGCCACGCCAAUGACUACGGUGCAUUCAUGGCCUCCAAGUUCUUUAUGGGUUUUUUUGGGAUAUCUUUGUCCAUAAUAGGUCCGCUCUAUGUUGUGGAUAUGUUCUUCCUUCAUCAGCGUGGCCGUGCAUUCAAUCUCCUCGGCAUAGCCAUGAAUAUUGGUGCAUCUGCUGGGCCGACAUUUUCUGGCUUCAUUACCGCCAAUCACCCUUGGUGGGAUGAAUACUGGUGGACGAUAGGUCUAGCUACUCUUUGUCUCGUACUGAUAUUUCUCUUUGUCGAGGAGACAACAUGGGAUCGCACGCCUGGCGCUCAGAACUUCUGCGCUAAAGGCACCUGGUUUCAGAGGAGAGUCCAGACAUUCUUUCCAGGGACCAAGGUUGUGAAGCCCUCGACUGGAAAAGAUAUUGUUGAGGCUUUUGUCAUUCCAUUGAAGGUUUCGAUUUCCCCCGUUCUCCUGCUGUGCGCUGGGUUCGAUGCCAUAACCUUUGGAUUCUGGGUGGCUCUGAACUCACUUACUCCAGUAUGGCUGCAAACUCCAGUUAAAUUUGGUGGCUAUGGAUUCAGUGUCUUGGAUAAUGCUGCCUUCACGACUGUGCACUGGAUGACACUUCUUUUGAGCCAAUUGUAUGGCCAUCUGCUCGCCGACUGGCUCCCUCUCUGGCUAUGUGCCCGUAAUGGUGGUAGGUGGAAACCUGAGUUUCGCUUGCACACCCUUUGGAUUCCAAAUUUCAUUCUCACACCAAUUGGCCUGGGUCUUGUCGGAGCUUGUAUGCAAUACAGGUUACACUGGGUCGUAAUGGGCAUUGGGAAUUUUCUCGUCACUUUUGGGGCUAUGCAAGGUAUCCCAGUGACGAUGAACUAUGUGGUCGAGUGUUUCAGAAGAAACACAGUCGAAGCAGUGGUCCCUCUGAGCAGUAUGAGACUAUUAUUCGGGCUGACUAUCAACUUUUACAUCAACCUCUGGAUCGCUGCUAUGGGCAUUGGCUGGGUAUAUGGCUUAAUGUCUUUGCUUUGUGCCGGCUCAUUCGGAUGUUUGGUUGUCUUAAUGUGGAAAGGCCAUGCGAUCCGGGGGGCAUCCCCUUUCCAUAUUGCUUUCUCUGAAGAGGGAGAGAAAGUGCUUGUAAAGAAGGCGGAGACUCUCACCACGUCAUGA